AUGAAGUUCGCUUAUAAGUUUAAUAACCUGCUCGGUGCAGUUUUUCGGCGGGGAAAUCUCUUGUUUACACCCGAUGGCUACUCGGUGAUAAGCCCGGUAGGAAAUCGCAUAUCCAUUUUCGACUUAAAGAAUAACAAAUCCACCACGCUCUGCAUCGAAAGCCAAUACAAUUACACCGCUCUCGAUCUGUCGCCCAACGGAUGUCUCCUGGUGGCGGUGAAUGAGAUCGGUGAAGCGCAGAUGAUUAGCAUGAUCUCGCAGACGACCAUCCACCGGUACAAGUUCCGCGAUGAGGUAAAGCAUCUGCGCUUCAGUCCAGAUGGUCGUUUUUUUGCCGCUUGCGUAAAUGCGGCUGUGUUGGUGUUUGUGACACCGGGCGAAUCUUCCGGAUCGUACGGUUCGUUCGUGGUUCACCGUGCGUUCGAGGUUGGUUUCGAUGAUACAGUUUUCCUUGAUUGGGCACCGAACUCACGGGUGCUUGCCAUUGGCUCGCGGGACAACACGGUCCGACUGCAGAACGUAACCUGGCUGCAAACGUUCCGGGCGUUUGUACUCGGUGGCCAUCGUGAUGCGAUCGUGGGAUGCUUCUUCGAGGAGAAAACGCUCGACGUAAACACUAUCAGCAAGGAGGGUCUGUUGAUGCUGUGGGAGUGUGGAAUGCAGUUGGAAGAUUUGGAUAAAACUCGUGAAGAAUUAGCGGGCGAAACGGAAGAGUCAACCGGUAAGAAGAAGCGUGUCACCGGCAAUGACAGUGACGAUGAGGAUGUGCCGGACACAUUUACCAAUGAGAAGGAUCAGGAAGGGGACGAUGUUGGUGAUCAGCUUGAACGACUUAAGGAAGCGGCAUCGUCCAAAGAGGGCGAAGAGCGAGAUGAGCAGGGAAAGGUGAUUGCGCAAACAAAGGGCCACCCGUUCUAUUACAAACGACUUGCGCGUCACUAUCUCGCGAAUUUGCCACGUGCCGAGAACCGGAAUGCGUACGUUACGGCGGCGACGUAUCAUCAAAAGUUGCGCAUCCUUGUGGUAGCGUUUUCGACCGGCUCGUUCUACCUGUACGAGCUGCCGGACGUGAAUCUAAUUCACUCGCUGAGCAUAUCCGACGCGAGCAUUGGUUCGGUAGCGUUCAACGACACGGGUGAUUGGUUAGCGUUGGGUGUAUCCUCACUUGGACAGCUGCUCGUGUGGGAAUGGCAGAGCGAGCAGUACAUCAUGAAGCAGCAGGAACAUUCGCAGGGCAUGAAUUGUUUAGCAUACGCCCCGGACGGCCAUCAGCUAGUCACCGGGGGCCAGGAUGGCAAGGUAAAGCUGUGGAACGUUACGAGCGGCUUCUGUGUCGUCACAUUUUCCGAACACACGGCCGCAGUGCAGGCGGUGGAAUUUAGCCGUAACAAAAAGUUCCUCGUAAGCGCUUCACUGGACGGCACGGUACGGGCGUACGAUGUGAUACGGUACCGUAACUUCCGCACCUUCACAUCACCGGAACCGGUACAGUUUGCAUCGGUGGCGAUCGAUUCUUCCGGUGAGCUGGUGGCUGCUGGAGGCCAAGACGUGUUCGAGAUAUACCUGUGGUCGAUGAAGUUGGGACGGUUGCUGGAGGUGCUGAGUGGACAUGAAGGACCGGUCGUAACGUUAGCCUUCUCACCGCUCGCAGCCUCGUCAGCAAUGGUGUCCGGUUCGUGGGACCAGACGUUACGCAUUUGGAAUUGUUUGGAGUCAUCCGGAGCCCACGAAACGGUACAGAUGGGAUCGGACGUGGUGUGUGUGGCGUUCAAGCCGGACGGCGAGGAAGUGGCUAUUUCCACGCUGAACGGCAACAUUACCGUGUUCCACGUGAAGACCGCCGCACAGCUCGCAUCCAUCGAAGGCAGAAAGGACAUGGAGGGUAGCAUCUCCAAGACGGAUAUUGUUUCGGCCAAAAAGAACCUAAUGGGCAGGACUUUUACGUCGAUUUGCUACUCGGCGGACGGGGAAUGUUUGCUGGCAGGUGGUAAAUCUAAGUACGUCUGCAUCUAUAACGUGAAAGAGGCGAUCCUGUUGAAAAAGUUUCAAAUCACGCAAAACCGCAGCUUGGACGGCAUGGAUGAAUACAUAAACCGACGCAAACUGACCGAGUUUGGCAAUAUGGCGCUGAUUGAGGAGCGUGAAGCGCUAGAAGGUGGUAGUGUGAAGCUUAAAUUACCGGGCGUAACGAAAGGUGAUCUAGCCGCGAGAAAUGUGCUGCCGGAGGUGAAGGUGGUUUGCGUUCGUUUCUCACCCUCCGGCCAAUCGUGGUCAGCCGUCUCGACGGAGGGUCUACUCAUGUACGCACUGCACAAGGGCAUUGUGUUCGAUCCGUACCAACUGUCGACGGAGGUGACACCGCGGGCAACGCGCAAUCUCCUGCACAAAGAGCAGAACUACGGCGGUGCACUACUGAUGGCGUUGAAACUGAACGAAACUGUACUGAUACAGGAAGUGGUGGAAAGUGUACCUUACCGCGAUAUUGAACUAGUGCUUGGUUCGCUGCCGGAUGAAUAUGCGCUUCGUACGUUGCAGUUUGUGGCGAAGAAUGUGGGCACCAGCCAACAUAUCGAAUUCUACCUACGUUGGUCGAAUUUGCUACUUACAAGGCUAGGCCAAGACGAUUCACUGCUAGAUGCGCAAACGCUGGUAACGCUGCACCAAAAUCUAAACCGAAAGUAUGAACAGCUGAACAAAAUCUGCGAUUUCAACAAGUACACGCUGCAGGUACUGAAAACGCUUUCCACCGCGAACACUUCAUCGGCAAAGGUAUCUAAACACGGGGACCAAAAUGGGAAAAAAGACGAUAGUGAGGAUGAGGAUACGAUGGCCGAUGGACGUAAUGGGGACGCGUCAUCCGACGAUGAGGAUGAAAAUGAAUGGAUGUUGAUAAAGCAGACGGCAGGGUUGAGUAAAUCAAAGGCCGACGAGGAAAGUGACGAAUCAAUGGAUGAUGAGAAUUAG